AUGGAGGUAGCAAGUGUUAACAACGCUAAAAACUUUCCAGUUCCAAACGUGCAAGAACUAGCUUCCAAAACCCUAAAAGAUAUCCCAAAUCGGUACAUCCGACCUGAAAUUCAUGCGGAUGUAGUUUCGGUCAACGAGUCAUCACAGAUUCCAGUGAUUGAUAUGAGCAAGCUUGCAGCUGGAAACGCCGAAUAUCAAACCGAAAUGUCAAGACUUCAUCAGGCUUGCAAGGAAUGGGGAUAUUUUCAGUUGAUUAAUCAUGGAGCGACAGCAACAAUCGAGAAAAUGAAGGUGGAUAUACAUGAAUUCUUUAAGCUUCCAUUGGAGGAGAAGAUGGUGUAUGCACAAAUUCCAGGCAGUCUUGAAGGAUAUGGUCAAGUGGUGGCAGAAGAGGAUCAACAACUCGACUGGAACGACAUGCUCUUCCUUUGUACUAUUCCGGAGUCUUCAAGGAAUAUGAGAUAUUGGCCUAAAAAUCCUCCCUCUUUCAGAUCAAACUUCGAGGAAUACACGCUCGAGUUGCAUAGAAUCUGCACUAGUGUUUGUGAAUUGAUGGCGAAAAAUCUUGGGGUGGAAUUCAGGGAAUUGGCCUGCAUGCAGGAUGAAAUUGAACAAACGGUAAGAACGACAUAUUAUCCACCUUGUCCCCAUCCUGACAAGGUUAUUGGUGGAACUCCACACUCUGAUGUAACUCUACUGACCUUACUGGUUCAAGCCAGUGAAGUGGAUGGCCUCCAAAUUCGCAAAAAUGGCAAAUGGGUUCCUGUUAGAUUUCUUCCCGGAGCCAUCGUCGUGAACACCGGUGAUCUCAUGGAGAUAAUGAGUAAUGGGGAGUAUGAAAGCAUUGAACAUAGAGCCGUAGUGAAUUCCCAGAAAGAAAGGAUAUCCAUCGCGGCAUUGCAUCGUCCAGCUGAUGAAGCAAUCAUCGGUCCUUUACCGGCUCUUCUGAAAGAGAAUGGAGCUAAAUAUAAGACAAUAAAAUAUGCGGACUAUCUGCAAAAGUUUUUUGGUGGCAAAAUAAAUGGCAGACAAAUUAUCGAGUCUAUGAAAAUUGAGUGACAAAAACAUAUGCAAUGCGGGGAAUAGUUUUCUUUACUGUUCUUUUCAACUUGAGCCCUUAGGUGAACUGUAAAGGAUUUAUA